CAAAAUUUCAAUAACCUACGCGGUCCACAAUGGCGACUUACAUAAAUCGGUAAAUGCGCGCAUUGGCCAUUGAGUGAACAUUCCGUUUCAGUUUGCUUUGAUCUUAUGACUUUUAUGAAUUUACCUUAGCAACCAUGCUGCCAACAUCAAGAAUUUGUUUGCGUCUCGCCGGCGUUGCAACUUCGAGGAGUACGGCAUCAUGUUGUAAAAAGUGUUACCUCUGUCGUCACUUGAGCUGCAUCGGCAACAGCAAUCACCUCUGUAAUGGCGAGUCUCAGAGGCUGAUGCAACUUUCAAGUGCCAGGACUCUCCCAGGAGCAGCCCUCUCUCAAAGAUUCUACACUUCACAAGGGACAGGGGGUGCCAAGAAAGACAGCAGCAAGAAAUCACCUGUUACCUGGAAGACAGUCCUGGUGACAUUUGUCCUAGGUGGUUCCUUGCUUGUUGGCUUCAAGAUCGCCCAGCGAAAGAAGAAACAUGAAAUUGAAAAGGAGAGAAGCAAGGCCGUGGGCAAAGCCGCCAUAGGAGGACCGUUCUCAUUGGUCGACCACAACGGCAAGCCCAAGACCAACAAAGACUACCUCGGCCAAUGGCUGCUCAUGUACUUUGGGUUCUCGCAUUGUCCGGACAUCUGCCCCGACGAGCUGGAAAAGAUGACUUCGGCUGUGGAAAAAAUAAAUAAGAGUCCCAACCUACCAGAUGUAGUCCCCCUUUUUAUCUCCAUCGACCCGGAGAGAGACACAGUUGAAGUCAUGGCAGCCUACGUUAAAGAGUUUUAUCCAGGCAUGAUUGGCCUGACGGGAACCAAGGAACAGGUGGAUGAAGUGGCCAGAAAUUUCCGCAUUUACCACAGCCAGGGGCCAAAGGAUGAGGAUAACGAUUACAUUGUUGACCACUCCAUUAUCAUGUACCUGCUGAAUCCGGACGGUCAGUUUGUGGAUUAUUUCGGCCAGAAUAAGACCGACGAGCAAGUAGCCGGCGGGAUCGCACAUCAUAUGAGGAAAUAUAAAGCACUACAAGGAUAAACAUUUAUGAUGAGCAGUGUAUUCAUUCAAAUGAAGUAAUUUAGCUUUUAAUAGAAGCAUCGGGGAAGGAUUUGCUUUGAUUUGUUUUGUUAAAAGUGUGCGAGUUGGGAAAGUAGUAAAAACAAUUCCAUCUAUUUCAUUUUUGGGAGGAGGGGGGUGUAAAAUAUAUGUGCCAACUUUGUAGUAUUGACAUAAAUGUAGUGUGCAUGUAUACAGUACGGUGAACGUCGCAAUACCGAACACCGCUUUAUCGAAAUUCGGCUAUACCGAACAUCGUCCUUGGCUCUAGAUUUUUGUGUACAAAUUGUACCGAAUGAUACUGUUCAAAAAUGUCAAUAGAAGAGCAAAAAGUGGCAGUAAGUUCAAAAUCUGUGUGAUUACAUUACUAAAUAGUCGGCACGUGUUCAGAGUCUUCUUUCAGUAACUAGACGUACCAGGGCUUAAAAUCGCUAUUCCGCAUGAUCGCUAUUACAAACAAUUUCUGUGGAUCCCGUGAUGUUUGUUAUAGCAGCAUUCCAACGUUCCCAAAUCCUCCAAAAAUAUCUUUGCAAUAUGAAGGAUUUUGCAGGACUGAGGCUAUAUGAACGAAAUGUGUGGCUGAUUUUGGAGGAUUCAGUGUGUCAAGAUCUCGGUCCAGACCUUCUGUUUAUACUCAGCCGUGCAUAAAUUUAGGCCUAGAUUAUACUUGAAAUCCUGCGCACUGCUCCAGGAUGUCGCUGGCUCUGCCUCCACAUAUUGACAGUGAUUGCUGGUGGAUUUUGCAGGAUUGAGGCAGUGGUCGCCCCUCCAAGGACCACAUUCAAGAAAUAACGGAGGGUUUUGCUGUAUUGAGGUUGUAUGUUCUUUUUACAUGGCAGCAAUUAGAGGAUUUUGCAGGAUUGAGUUUGCAUCCUAGCGAAAAUGCCUGGGGAGUUAGGGUUCAUGAAUGAACAAAUGAUGUUACACAAAGUCAUAAAAUACAUGAUGCACAUUCAAGAAAAAAUGGCUACCAAUAAUUCAUAUAAAAUGUCAACUGUUUUCGAGCCAAAACAUGUCUUUUGAAUGGUGCGCAAAUAUGCUUUGAGUUUUUUUAGUUAAAAAAACAGUAGUUUUCUUAAGUCAGCAUAGUGAAAACUAAAAACCUUGAAGGUUUCAUUUUUUUAAAAUCCAGUCAAGUUUUAUACGGUUGUAUAACUCUGUUGUUUCAGGUUUGGUGAUGUAUUCUGGACCUGUGUCUUUCAAGGUCUAUGCAUGUUACUUUUUGAAAUUUACAGCAAUGACUGUGUAACUUCAGACUCUAAUUGAUUGUUUACUAGGCACGGUUUUAUUUAUUGACGUCACAGCAUGCAUGUGGAAAUAAAUAAGCAGAUUUUAUAAUGUACAAUUCUUUGGUGCCUAAAUGAAGUGACUACCAUGUUGAAAUGGAACAAAACAAUGAAACUAACUAGCACUGGCAAUUAGAAAUUGCACCACUGGUGUCGUUGCAAUAAGAUUUCGAUAGUAUGAAAGGAAUGAAUACAAAUUUUAAUUGUUAAACUCUACAUAUACAAUUUGUGACAAUUCAUUGGUGUAAUUUUCAAGGCAUUUAUAAGAAUGGAAUACAAAUGCUUCUCUCAGGAAAAGUUGGUUUGUUUUAAGUAAAAUGUAGUAUUGAAAGGGACUUGAUAUCGCAAUGGUGAUUCUGCAAAUUAAAUUUGUGCGCAUGUCACCUUUUUUCCGGAUCAUAUGCCUUUUAGAACAAACAGUUCAAUUUUUGUUGACAAAAAUUCGGACUUUUAUUAGGAGAGCAUUAGGCUUUAUAUUACAGUGAACAUUUAUUUCCCCUAAAAUUAGUUUUCCCCUAAAGUUCAUAAAAAAUGUUCCCAAUAUUUCAUUAGUGCAGUUACUGCAAGUAACACUUGUUAAAGGUUAACAUAACAAAUUGCAAUUAUGUUCAAAUAUAAUCAUUUCAUUAAAGAG